GAGGGAAAGAACCCCCGCCCAACUCGCGGCUCUCGCUCCCCUGGACUCCUGUUGGACAACUGACCCAGUUUCUGUCCAAAUCAGUCGCGCAGGUUUGAACUCGAUCGGCUGGGCUGAUGGAAUUGACCAAGACGGGGCUUCGCGGCAUUUUACGCGGUAUGUGCGCACACCACUCUCCUCCACCAUGCUGCCACUGAAGUUAUCCACGCAAUGAAUCCUGCCAACCAAACUGGAAGUAGUGAGGGGAGUACUACAACAGCCCACCAUUUGUUUGCUGCUGGCACCUACAAACUUCUCGCCUUGACCGUCGGCAGCAUUGGAGUGUUUGGGUUUUGCAACAACGUCGUAGUGAUCGUGCUCUUCUAUCGAUUCAAGAGACUCCGGACGCCUACGAAUCUGCUGCUGGUCAACAUCAGCGUGAGUGACAUACUGGUGUCUGUUUUCGGCAUCAACUUCACGUUUGUUUCGUGCCUUAAAGGCGGGUGGAUCUGGAGCAGGGCGACAUGCACGUGGGACGGAUUCAGCAACAGCUUGUUCGGCAUCGUCUCCAUCAUGACCCUGUCGGCCCUGGCCUACGAGCGCUACGUCCGGGUGGUGCACGCGCAGGUGGUGGACCUCCGCUGGGCUUGUCGCGCCAUCGGCCACAUCUGGCUCUACUCGCUGGCCUGGACGGGGGCUCCGCUGCUGGGCUGGAACCGCUACACCCUGGAGGUCCACGGGCUGGGCUGCUCCCUGGACUGGUCCUCCAAGGACCCCAACGACGCCUCCUUCAUCCUCCUCUUCCUCCUGGCGUGCUUCAUCGUGCCGGUGGGCAUCAUGAUCUACUGCUACGGGAACAUCCUCUACAUGGUCCGCAUGCUGCGCUCCAUCGAGGACCUGCAGACGAUGCAGAUCGUUAAGAUCCUGCGCUACGAGAAGAAGGUGGCGGCCAUGUUCCUGCUGAUGAUCCUGAGCUUCCUGGUGUGCUGGACGCCCUACGCCGUGGUGUCCAUGAUGGAGGCGUUCGGCCGGCCCAGCGCCGUCUCCCCCCUCAUGGCUAUCGUUCCCUCCGUCUUGGCCAAGUCCAGCACCGCCUACAACCCUCUCAUAUAUGUACUGAUGAGCAAAAAGCUCCGACGCAGCUUCCUCCAGCUGCUUUGUUGGCGCGUCUCCUGGCUCCAGCGGAACCUCAACGAGCGGCCGCUGGCCCCCGUCCAGCGGCCGCUGCGGCCCAGCGUCAUGUCCCGCGUGGGCCGGGACCGGCCCAAGAAGAGGGUGACCUUCAGCUCCUCCUCCAUCGUCUUCAUCAUCGCCAGCAACGACCUCAACCAGUCGGGCAAGACGACCACGACGGACGGGGUCCCCUCGGAGGUCAACGUCAUCCAGGUGCGGCCGUUGUGAUGCGGGGGUGCCCCCCCCCCCCCCCUCCGUCCUGCUCUUCUGUGUGUAUAAAUACACCUUGGAAACACCGACCCGAAACAGAUGUUCUCUAGCCACCUGGGACAGAACGACUCUUCCACUGCCCGACCGGAUGACCUGGUGGUACAGGUGACCAGCUCACGGUACAUGAACCGCUUCCAGGAGGGCACCGGCUGAUGAUCCACUACUACCAACACCUGGUUCCCCUUGUGUAUCUCGUAGAGACUUUCAAUGGGUCAUAAAAAUGUAACGAAGGUAAGAUAAGACCCGGGAAUGGGUAAUUAUUCAGGUGCAAUUUUACUCGUCAUGUUUUGGAUAUUAUUCAUGUUUUUAAAUGCUGGUCCUUUGAGAUCGGUUUAGUUGGUCACGUGAGUUACCUUAGCCUGGUUCAAGCGGCUGAGUUGUAUGGUGGGUUGGAGGGCUUUGGGGUUGCUGCCUGUGACUGUGGCGCCUAACACGUCAGUUCAUAGGCUGGUGGUGUUUCAUGUCAGUUCAUAGGCUGGUGGUGUUUCACGUCAGUUCAUAGGCUGGUGGUGUUUCGCGUCAGUUCAUAGGCUGGUGGUGUUUCACGUCAGUUCAUAGGCUGGUGGUGUUUCACGUCAGUUCAUAGGCUGGUGGUGUUGGGGUUAAUGGUCUACGUCUAAGCACUUAGUCAUAGGACAUAGCUCACUCCCUCUCUCUCCGUUGUUUGCUUUUUUGUGUGCGUUUACAGGUUAAAUAAAGAGAUACUAUUUUAGGCUAAACCUG